UCCUCGGCCUCUCUUGGCGCUGUGAGGCACAGCGAGGCCUGCGGAGCAGCAACAGGAUGAGAUCUGCUUAUAUGAAAGGAUCAGUGCUCGUCUUCGCGCUGGCAUCGGCCUCGUUGUACCUCAGCUCCAUCAAACAGGAGUUCCACACCCACUCGGAGAGACUCCAGAGAGCCCACCUCAAUGAGUCCAUCUCAGGGCAGGACCUGCUGAAGAGGAUGGAGAAGAUGGAGGGAAACAUCGACACACUGAUCAGGCUGAUGAAUAAACUUGAAAAGAAGGAUCCGGUUUCUGCGGUGAAGAAGCUGUACCCGAACUCGGCCCUGUUCUACAAGUGGGGCGAUCAUCUGUCCGAGGAGGAGCAGAAGGAGGCCGAGGAGCUCUUCCAGAGAUACGGCUACAACGCCUUCCUCAGCGACAGGCUGCCCAUCAACAGGGAGAUCCAGGACACCAGGAGCCCCAGGUGUUUAGAGAAGAAAUAUCCCCAGGACCUGCCGACGCUGAGCGUCGUGUUGAUCUACCUGGACGAGGCUCUGUCGGUCAUCAAGCGAGCCGUCCGCAGCAUCAUGGACAAGACGCCGGCUCGCCUGCUGAAGGAGAUCAUCCUGGUGGACGACCACAGCAGCAACGAGGAUUUGAUGGACAAGCUGGACAGAUACCUGCAGGCCGUGGAGGAGGAGCGUCCCGGCCUGGUGAGGAGGCUGCGGCACCCGGAGCAGCUCGGCCUCACGCGGGCCCGGCUCUCGGGGUGGGGGAUAGCCACGGGGGACGUGGUGGCCAUCUUGGACGCUCACAUAGAAGUGCACGUGCAGUGGGCGGAGCCGCUGUUGGCUCGGAUCAAGGAGGACCGCACCGUCGUGUUGACUCCCGUCUUUGACAGAGUCAACUUCGAUGACUUGGAGCUGACCAUGUACACACCUGCAGCCGACGCCUUCAACUGGGCCAUGUGGUGCAUCUACGAGUCCUUCAAGCCCGAGUGGUACGCCAUGAAAGACGACUCGCUGCCCGGCAAGAGCCCCUCCAUCAUGGGGAUACUUGUCGCCGAUCGCAAGUUCUUCGGCGAGAUCGGCAGCCUGGACGGGGGGAUGAAGAUUUACGGAGGGGAAAACGUGGAGCUCGGCAUCCGGGUGUGGCUGUGUGGGGGAAGCAUCGAAGUCAUACCUUGCUCCAGGAUCGCGCACAUCGAGCGAUGGACGAAGCCUUACCUCCCGGACCUGAGCGACACCAUGAAGCGGAACGCGCUGAGGGUGGCAGAGGUGUGGCUGGAUGAGUACAAGUACAACGUCAACGUGGCCUGGGGCCUUCCUCCUGAGAAUCACGGGAUAGACAUUGGGGAUGUGUCGGAGAGGAAGAAGCUGCGAGAAAAACUCAACUGUAAGCCCUUCAAGUGGUACCUGGACAACGUUUACCCCAUGCUGGACCCGCAACUCGACCUCUUCGGUUAUGGAGCUCUGAGAAACGAUCUGAGUCCAGAUCUGUGCUUGGACCAAGGCCCCGUCCCAGGGAACAAGCCCAUCUUGUACGAAUGCCACUUUCUCCUCUCGCAGACGUGCUACUACCGCGCUCAUGGACAUCUUUACAUCGGAAUGAUCGAAUCUCAGAAGUACGGCAGUAACCGCUGCCUGGUGGACCCCGGACCCGGAUUCCAUCCGGGCCUGUACGAGUGCAGAAAGGCCAAGAAGAAGAAGUUCCACUUACUGUGGGAUUUUAAUCCGGGAGGACAGAUCCAGAACCGAGAGACGAAGAGAUGUCUGGAGAUCGUGAAUGACGAAAACGGAGAUUACCACCUGGCUCUCCAGCAGUGCAGCGGCCAGCGGUGGAACAUACAGCACGUCAUCAGAGACCGCGUGGGACGAUAAUGAGCGGAGGCGGAUUCACAAACAUACAGAAAAGACUUUCAUUUUUGCACAAGAGGAAAACUUGUGACUCGAUUUUCUUUUAAAUGUGGUUUUUUUUUUCAUUUUUUUUAUUGUAAGUUUCACUUACAAUAGAAUGCACAAUUGCCUGAACUGACUGGCUGCGGUGAACUUUAAAUAGAGCCGACUACUGAUGGAUCACUUGUUUUCAUUAAAGCUUAAAUAAACUGACAGUACCUCCCUUCCCACGUUAGACCAAACGCGCUUAAAGCACGACGGCUCUUAGAUUCUUCUGGGAGCGUCCUUUACAAACAUUUGAACUCUCCAGCUAAUCGGUGCUAAUGAAAAAGCUGCUAAUGAUCCGGAGACGCGUCCGUUUGUUCAAACAGGAUCCGCUGUGGUUUGGUCCUUAUGAAUAGUUUGAGACGAAGGCGUCCCAUUUCCUCUGCCACGCCGCUUGAGCCACGUCCUUCUCGUGAGCCGGCAGCGAGCUGUACCUGCAGACAAGACGGAAAUCCACUUUAACUGUUGUUUCCUCCAAGCUGUCAAAGAUUUCUUUUUAAGUUUUUCCAUUUAUUCAAGGUCACUAUCUAUUAUCAUUUUCUUUAAACGCCUCUUUACUGGUCAGCUGACCUGAUGGAGUUGAGGGCCAGCUCUUUGAGAGUGCCCAGGUUGGCCUUCAGCCCCCCGAUGCCCACGAAGGCCUGGUAGAAGUCGUAGGAGAGGCCCGUGGUGCCGAACAGAGAGGGGUCGUCGGAGCUGAUCACCAGCGGGUGGCCCUCAGACAUCAGCACGGCGGCGGGAUGGUUCCUCAGAUCCGACACCAGCUUCAGCACCUGCGCUCCAGAGCCGCUGAGCGUUACACACACACACACACACACACGGCGAUGUGUCCACGUGUGUUACGCAGUAACGCCGACCUGGUUUGAGAUGGGACACAGCUCCACCGCCACGUUCCUCUGCCUGGACAGCUCCUUGGCGAGCGGAUGGUGAGCCAGGGCGUAGCCGUGUCCGAUGCGCUUGGUGUCGAACAGCAAGGCGUCCAGAAUGUUUUGAUCCACUUCAGUGCCUUCGUCAUCUACUCAUACAUUUUAAAGCACAAGUUAAAAAAAAAAAAAAAAAGUGUUGUGACC